AUGAUCUGUGAACAGGGGCGAACGGAAGAAGACCUGCUGGCCUUCAUCAUCACCUUCCUCUCCGGCGUCACAAACAAAGAUGGCAACGACAAUGAGAGGGUUGAAAAUGAGACCAAUGGCGUCCUGGACUCUGACGAACACGUGGCGGCGGAGGAUGACAGCAGCAGAGGAUGUUCGGCGGUGACGGCGCUGCUUCACUUCUUCCUGUUAGCUACCUUCAUGUGGAACAGCGUGUACGCCACGCAGGAGGUGCUGCUCUUUCGCAAGAUACACCACAAGCUGCCGCCAUACUGGACGCCGCUCAGCGCCACCAUAGGAUGGGGAGUCCCAGCUGUUGUCAUGGCGAUCACACUGGGAAUCACCUACAGCAUGGACAACCCUCUGGGAUAUAGACAGGAGGAAUUUUGCUGGCUGGCAGCGCUGGAUAAAUCCAAAAACUUUGACUAUGGGAAGCCAAUGUUUUGGGGUUUCGUGCUUCCUAUCGGUUUGAUUCUGAUCUACAACGUCGUCCUGUUGGUUCUGGUCUCUCGGUACGACAACUCCUUCAAGAGCAUCAGGAAGUUACUGAACACUUUCUCUCUGGCUGUGUUACUCGGUCUGUCCUGGACUCUGGGUUACCUGGUGCUGGUUACCGAGGGAACUGCCCACGAGGUGCUCAGCUACCUCUUCUGCAUCGGCACCACCACACAGGGGCUCCUUAUAUUCGUCCUGUUCACCGCCAUUAAGCCAAGCUUCAGAGGCCGCGUGUUGCGAUCCGUUCGGACCAUCUCAUCUGUCAACAUCCAACUCAAACAGUUUAAAUAUAGUCUGCAGAGAGACUGGACCAGCUCUAACGAGUCCUACAGAGUCCGGAUAGACUAA